UAUUGUUCUAUCCUUCGGUUCGGUUAUCCGAUGUCGUGGAGCCCAAAUUCGCGGAAAUAGCCUGAGGAAAUUUUGAAAUCGUUUCGACGGAAUCUGGUUCCUCGAAGUUCUCGGGAUGUGCCCGCUCCGCUCCGAAGAUUGGAUUCGUCGACGAUGUCUGUGACAAAAAAGAAGCCCCACGACGCAGCCGGGAACACCGCAAAGUUUUUGCUGACGAAACAAGCAGAGGAUUUCACGGACUGCCAUCGCGUGAAAAUCGUAAUCGUCGGCAGCGGUUAUACCGGCGUUGCUGUCGGGAUUGCCAUCCUCUUCAAGCGUCUCGCAUCCGAGCUGGUGUUCAUAGACCUGAACGAGGACCUGGCGAAAGCAGAAGCGGAAGAUAUCGGCCACGCUGCUGCGUUCCUCGGUAAUCCGAGAAUCAUCGGCACCAGAGAUUAUUCCAUGGCAAGGGACGCGACAGUGUGCGUGUUCACGGUGGGCGACAAGAACACGAACGAGCCCGAGGAGGGCACUCUGCUGGAGCGAAAUUUCAAUAUCUUCAAGGAAAUCAUACCCAAUGUGUGCAAAUUCGCGCCGAACAGCGUAUUACUGAUCGUGACCACGCCCGUGGAUAUAUUGUCGUACGCGGCGAUGAAGCUUUCAGGUUUCCCUCCGCAACGAGUGAUCGGCUUGGGGACAUUUUUGGACAGCUGCAGGCUUCAGUAUAUGGUCGCGCAGAAACUUGGAAUUUCGGCAAGCGCGGUGCAAGCUUCAGUGAUCUGCGAGAAUGGACCGACGUCUGUGCCAGUUUGGUCCGCGGUGUCGGUGAUGGGGAUCAAGCUGAAGGACAUCAACAAGGACAUUGGUAGCAAAACGGAUCCCGAGUCCUGGGGCGACCUGCACGCCAAAGUCCUCGAUUCCGACAGCGAUCUUAUCUCCCGGAAAGGUUAUCGGAGUUGGGGCAUUGGUGUCUGCGCAGCCGAAGUUGUGGACGCCGUUGUCCGGAACACGUGUAUCUGCAUCACUGUGUCGGCUUAUCUGAAGGGUUGCCGACACGGUCUGGAAAAAGACGUGUACAUGUCCUUGCCCUGUAUAGUUGGCAGGAACGGUAUACAAUCGUUCCUACGUCAUCCGUACACGCCCGAGGAACAGGAACUCACGGAGGCAUCUUGUCGAGCGAUCUACGAGGCCCAAAGACCGAUUCUUCAGGCCCUCCAAUGACGACGAUCCAUUUCGACCCUUGUUUCAAAUUAUUGCGACGUAUCUAUUGAGAAAUGACGAAACCCUAUCUUUUGAAUAAUUUAACCGUGCAUUAUUGGGUAUACAAGGUGUCCGAAAAUUACGGUACUUCCAGGAAAUGAGGGC